CUAUUUAUGAUGUUUACCAAAGGAUUCAAUCAGAAAGUGAAUUCCUUCCUCCUCUUCCUCAAAACAAAGCCCUUUGCAGCACCAUGAGACAAGAGUUUGGAGGUCAAUAUGGUUCUGUGUUCUUUGAUUAUCUGUUAUCCGAUGUGAUUGCGGCUGAUGCUUUCUCAGAAUUGGAGGGUGUGGGGUUGUCUAACGCUGAAGGUAUCAGGAAGCUUGGUCUUAAAUUCCGAAAUACAUUCCUUUCUUUUGGUGGUGGAAUACCUCCUAAUGAGGUUUUUGCUGACUUUAGAGGAAGAGGACCAAUAUUGGAUGUCCAGAGAAUGCUAAAACUCAAAGGAAUGACAUCUUGAUUUUGAUCAUGGCUUGCAUUACAACAUCAAGAAAGGGAAAAUGGGGGCAAAAAUGUCAUUAACUUUCAAGGAAGUAAGGAAAUUUAUGGAAGGAGGUCAUUGUGUGAAUCAUAUGUUUUAUCUCUAACUAAUGUAUCUUUAUUUGA